AUGAGGAUCUCCAAUGCUUUGACGCAGGCUACCGGCCUUCUCUUGUCGCUCGGUCUGGCCGCCGAGGCAAGAUCUGUGAGUGCACCUACAGUUGCAAAGGGCUACUCGCGGAGUGAAAUCUGCAAGCCCCAUGCACCGUUCAAGCCUCUUCCUGCCAGUCAGCCGCGAACCAAGACGUGUACCGUCUCUUCGUACGGAGAUGGACGCGAUGACUCCAAGUUCAUUCUUUCUGCGAUUGAAAAGUGCAACAAUGGCGGAAAGGUUGUCUUCGAGGCAGACAAGGAGUACACGAUCGGUACAGCUUUGGAUCUGACCUUCCUCAAGAAUGUGGAUCUUGAUAUUCAAGGAUACAUCAAGUUCACCAAUGACACGGACUACUGGCAGGAGCAUGCUUUCGCUCAGGUCUACCAGAAUGCUACGACCUUUUUCCAGCUGGGUGGUGAAGACGUCAAUAUCUAUGGCGGCGGUACCCUCGAUGGAAAUGGACAGGUCUGGUACGACUUGUAUAAUGAGGAUGAUCUGAUUCUGCGUCCAGUCUUGGUGGGAGUUAUUGGACUUAAUGGAGGCACCAUUGGUCCUUUGAACCUUCGCUGGUCGCCCCAGUGGUACAACUUUGUUGCAAACUCUACCAAUGUUGUGUUCAACGAAAUCAACAUUGGUGGAUUAAGUAACAACGACAUCACUGCUAAGAACACUGAUGGAUGGGACGUCUACCGCUCUUCAAACAUUGUCAUUCAGAACUCUAUCAUCAACAACGGCGACGACUGUGUCUCUUUCAAGCCCAACACCACCGAUAUCAUUGUUCAGAACCUUCACUGCAAUGGCUCCCACGGUAUCUCAGUUGGUUCCCUGGGCCAGUACGAGGGUGAGGUCGACAUCGUUGAGAAUGUCCUCGUGUACAACAUCUCUAUGUUCAAUGCAUCGGACGGUGCACGAAUCAAAGUUUGGCCUGGCGUCUCUUCAGAGCUAUCCGCUGACUUGCAAGGCGGUGGUGGCACCGGCUACGUGAAGAACAUCACCUACGACACCAUGUACAUCGAUAACGUCGAAUACGCUAUUCAGGUCACCCAGUGCUACGGACAAAGCAACCUGACUCUUUGCAACGAGUACCCCAGCGAUCUCACUAUCUCCGACGUCUACUUCAACAACAUCUACGGUACAACUUCGGGCGCAUACAACCCUUAUGUUGGAACUGUUGUCUGCUCGAGUCCAGAUGUGUGCUCGAAUAUCCAUGCCACUGAUAUCUCUGUCACUAACCCGGCCGGUGCUGACUACAAUGAGUUUACAUGCAGCAAUGUCAACACCACAUUACUUGCAGUCACCUGCAAUGCUGCUUAA